AUGGGAAAUAGCCCGUCUAAAGAUGAUCCCCUACCGAAGUCCUCAUCAAGUAAUAAAUCAAGUAAUGGUGGCAGCUCGUCAUCAUCUUCUACCGUCAGUGGUACUGACUUAGAUCCUGAUGAGAUGGCCCCUGCGCUAUCUCAAUUAAUGAUUAAUGAUAAGUUAAAUUAUAAGAAGAGUAAUUCUCCCCAACGCUCUUCUUCCUUAAAUGUUGGUAACAGUACUAAAUAUAACAAGACUAGCAACAACAACAGCAACAAGACUAAUAGAGUUUUUGAACUUGAAACUUCUUCAACUUCAGUGUCCGCCACAGCCACAACUACGCCUCAAAGAAUACCUUCAGUACGUUCAAGACAAUCGUCAGAGGCUUAUGAUUUUGAUUUAGAAAUUGGCAUGUCGAUGGCCAAAUUGUUGAAGAAUCAACAAGAUUUCCCUUCGUCGUUUGAGUCACUGAACGCGUCCGUUUCUUCUCCUGUAUUCACCACAUUAGGAGUUGAUACUAAAGAUGAAGAUCUGCUUCUGUCAAUUAAUUCAAGUCCAUGUGACACCACCAAGAGUAAUGUCAUUGCUAAUAAACAAUUAUCGCAUCCUGAAAAUAUGUCGACAGCGAAGAAAUUAGACGUUAUCGAUGAAAUUAAUUCAUUAGAAUCUUCUCCUUCAAAUUCAAGUAAACUUUCUCAGGCUAAUUUAAGAAAACAUAACAAAACACUUGUGCAUCAAUUAACCAAAAGAAUUUCCGAUAGUUCUACUUCAAGUGCAUCUGGGUCACCUCCUUUAGUGGGUACUUCUCAAAAAUUGGAAGUUGAUAUUGACGAUAUUAUUGCCAGAUUAUUGGCCACCAAAAAGAGAUCAACUUCUCGUAAAAGCAACAAGACUCGUUUGCCAGUGGAAACCAAUGAACUUAAAUAUGUUUUGGCCAAAAGUAGACAAAUUUUUUUGGAUCAGCCAACUUUAUUAAGAUUAUCACCACCAGUGAAGAUUGUCGGUGAUAUUCAUGGACAAUUUCAUGAUUUAAUCCGUAUUUUCAAUUGUUGUGGAUAUCCACCACAUUCAAAUUAUUUAUUUUUAGGUGAUUAUGUUGAUCGAGGUGAAAAAUCUUUGGAAACCAUUUUGUUAUUACUUUGUUACAAGAUCAAGUACCCGGAAAAUUUCUUCAUGUUGAGAGGUAAUCAUGAAUCAGCCAACAUUACAAAAAUUUAUGGAUUUUAUGAUGAAUGUAAAAGAAGAUUACCAAAUCAUAAAUUAUGGAAGAAUUUCAUUGAUGUAUUCAAUGCCUUACCUAUUGCUGCCGUGAUUAAUGAAAAGAUUUUCUGUGUUCAUGGUGGACUUUCUCCUGAUUUGAAUAAUUUUGACCAAAUUGAAAAUAUUAAACGUCCUACUGAUGUUCCUGAUAAAGGAUUAUUAGCUGAUUUAUUAUGGUCUGAUCCUGAUGCUCUGGUUAAGAAUUUUUCCUUGACAAAUUGGCCGAAAAAUGAUCGUGGAGUUUCUUAUGUUUUUGGUAAGAAACACGUUGAUUAUUUUUGUUCUAAAUUCAAAUUGGAUUUAAUUGUUCGUGGUCAUAUGGUGGUUGAAGAUGGAUAUGAAUUUUUUAAUAAACGUAAAUUAGUCACUGUCUUCAGUGCUCCUAAUUAUUGUGGUGAAUUUAAUAAUUUUGGUGCUAUCAUGAGUGUUGAUAAACAUUUAUAUUGUUCAUUUGAAUUGAUUAAACCAAAUUGA